AGAUCGGUGUAAGGAGCUUUUUGGCUCUUUAGUAUUGUGUUGAAUUGAGUUGUAGGUAUCGACCAGCUACUGCAGUGUGUGGAGUUGCGGGUGUAUCGACCUAUGGAGGUUCUAUACAGUAGGACCCGAGACGAGAUCUAGCAAACAGGGUUAUCUGCUCUCGCUGUCGGACCGUACUGACGUCAUUCAUCAGCACCGACAUCAACCCCGAACACAGCAUGAAAACCACAUGACGCUAUCCCACCUGAGACCCACCCACGGCCAGUAGCCGCCCGGCGACAUCGGCAUGGGGAGCGGCUUCAGCACUUGCAACGGCCCGGCGACGGUGGCCGUUAGGUCAAGCAUCUCCAGGCAUGACCAGGAGGGCUUGGCGCUGUCCGAUUCCCACGACUCGGGGAUCUCCGAGGUCGGGAGGGGCCGCCCUGGGGGAGUGGACGUGAGGGAACUGGAACGCCACUUCUUUGAGUCGAACCAGGAAGUUCCUGGCACCCCGAGGUUGUUGUACGGGUCGGGGACGCGACAUCGACCGGAAAUGGCGCCGUCGGACCAUGGCAACAACUACCGCCUUCAUCUAAGGCGGAACCACAGCUUGUCAGAGUUCGCCAUCACGGAAGAAGACGAAGAGUCCACGCCCACAAGAACCCGGAUGGUGAGACCAAAGAGUGCUAACGUGAGGAAGAGGCGUGGUCUGAAGUCCGGGAGAAGAAGAUCCGGUACGGAGAAGAGCCGGAAGACAGAUUCCCCAGGUGGUCUGAGCAGUGACGCUACUGACAGUGACCUUGACAGUGAAGAUUCCGACGUCCUGUCCAUACCGGAUGAAACCGGUCCUUUCCAGUAUGGACAAGGACCUGGAUUGAACGAUGACUGGUGGAGAUUAGACUCCAGCGUUACGCGUGACCCACGUGACUAUGGCAGCUUUAGUGUUCGCAGUGUUCACGAUGUGAACAUCGCCAAGAAAGCAAGUGAACGCUCAAUAUCCAGUAUAAUCUUGUUUGAUCCAGUUUCUACUAAUUCUGAUUGGUGUGUCUUUACUAACUCGGAUGCUGCUAACAUUAUACGAAAGAACAUUACAGAACUAGAAGAGGAAUUAUGGACGGGAGUUAAGGCAGCAUCCGAGGACUGUCGUGGAGAGAUGGGGGACUUUGUCCAGCUUGUACGGGGGUACCGGUCUAAUUUCACUCGCCUCGUUCUGGAAUACAGGCAGGCGUCGGAACCCGCCUCCAGCUGGACGAGGGACCCGGAUGAGGAGAAGCUGAAGACGUUCGAGGAGCAAUUUGCCGAGGGACUGUACUACCGCCAGGCCACACUCACCCGGCAAGAGUUGUCUACCUUUCUAGCAGAACAUCUGCAGCGGAUAGAGGGCCAGUUAGAGGCGGAAGUGUCUGGAGCUGGACCUCUUAGUGAAAGCGGAAGUGACGUAAUGGGUGCUAAUGAAUUGUUGUCGUCGUCUGAAAUUGACAGCAGAUGGGCUAAGGGCACCGCCUCAAAAUUACGGGAGGUACCAAAUAUUGAACAGUUAACGGAUGCUUUGUCCUUAGUCCUAACUCGGAAUCGCGUAGGCGUGACCUUAGAUGACCUUCUUCCGCUCAUCCAAAGCCAUUCUCCACGUGUAAAUGUACUUGGCGUGCGUGACCCAAACCUGGAACUGGCCAAAAGCUUGGUAGAACGUUCACGGCGUGGUCAGGUGUCACGGGAGGAGCUCCAGUCGGCAAUAGACGUCCACCUGUCCGAGUCACCAGCUGGGCCGCGGAGGGCGGUCUGUAGCGCCAAGCCUGGAAUCCAAGUCGGUGGCCAUGUUGACCUCCAUAUGGAUCUGACCAGUGAACGGAGCAGCGUGAGGUCAUCUCGACCUUCCACCGUGAAGAGUCAGGCCAGUACCAGCCUCAUACAGACUAAACUAGUGGAGAUGGACGUCAAGCAGAGGUUGCGACCCGACAGCGGCGUUGUGGUGACGUCCUCGUCGUCAGGCAGCUACUCCAGCUCUGAGAGGAGCCGAGACAACGACGUGGACACAGCGUCUCUGGACUCCUCUUGGAUCUCAGCCUCACUACAGCUAUUGGACGGGAUACUUAGGGUUCGGACCGAGCAGCAUGACUCGAUGAAGAGUCUCGUGGCGGCCAUAACACGUGACUGUGAAACACCCCACGUGAAGGCGCACGCCCUUUACCGAUGGCUGGCCAGCCAGAGUCUAGAGUACUACAGCAAGUCGACACACAAACCCAGCACCCCCACAGGGAAGAUGAAGCAGCUGGCUGAGAAGAAGAUGACGUACGCCUCGCUCUACCAAGAGAUGACAAGGUGUGCGGGUUUGAAGUGUGAGCUGGUGGAGGGUGUGGCCAAGCAUAGGGACUACCUACCAGGCGACCCAGUCACUGUACAGGCAUGCCGGCAUGUGUGGAACGCCGUUUUACUGGACGGUCAGUACCGGCUAAUGGACGUCCAGUUUGGGGCUCAGCCUUUUAAAUAUUUCGUGGAACAUUUUUUCCUGGCUCCUCCGGACGAGUUCAAACUGUCCCAUCUCCCGAACAACCGGAAGUGGUCACGAAUGUCACAGACUACGACAAUGGAGGAGUUUGAGGGGACACUGAAGACGUGGCCAGCGAUGUUUGCUUUCAACAUUCGCCCUUUGAGCAUGAAAGCAGUGAUGCGGACAUAUGAUGGGAAGUUGAGUGUGACGGUGUUGCUGCAGAACGUUGCCGUGACGCCAACGUUGCAGUAUCUAGGUCCUGGUCCUCCCCAGGAUUCAGAAUCGUUGUUGUAUUACAUUGAUCAGGAGAUCCGAUCUGUGGACAAUGCGGAGACGUUUCACCUGAAUCUCCCCAAGGAGGGGACCUACUACUUCACCCUCCUGGUCCAUGAUGUGGAGGAAGAUGCGGACAUCCCGGCCCUUCAGUACAGGAUAGAUUACACGGAUGAACUACUGUAAGCUGACAGGCUGUGAUACGAUAAAAACAUCGUGAAGUCUUCAUUUUUACACCGUGGUCUAG